UCAUUCUUUCCAACAAGGGCAAGAUACACAAAACUGUGAAGAAGAAAAGAAAACUCACCAAUUGUUGUCUCUGUGUUUGUGUGUGUACAUAUAUAUAUAUACAUGCCUUUGUUUGUGAUAAACUUGUUGUUGAUAUGUUUCUUGAUCGUAUGCUUAAUGUUUAUAGUCCGGUUGUUUCUACAUCGUACUGCUCUUAUAUAUGUCGUCAGAAAAUGGGGUGAGUGGGUUGAAGACCGAGUUCAUGUCCACCAGCACUUUCGAGUCCCCGAGUUGAACGAUUCCACCCAACAACAAAACCUGUUCUACCGCCGAGUUUCUCUCUACGUCAACUCCUUGGCUUCCUUGGAAGAUUCCGAUUUCACCAACCUCUUCUCCGGCAGAAAGCCCAACGACAUACUUCUCUCCCUCGACGACAAUCAGUCCAUCCAAGAAGUCUUCCUCGGAGCUCGAAUUUCAUGGGUCAAUCAAAUCGAAAGAGACGCCCGGAACCAGGUUGUUUCUCGGAAUUUCGUCAUGAGAAUCAAAAAAAGGGAUAAGCGGAGGGUACUGAAACCCUAUCUUCAACACAUACACACAGUCUCCGACGAUAUCGAGCAGAGGGGGAAAGAACUGAGGAUUUACAAUAACGGAAGCAACGGCAGAUGGAAAUCGGUUCUGUUCAAUCACCCGGCGAGUUUUGACUCGCUCGUAAUCGACCCAGACGUGAAAGCCAAAAUACGCAACGAUUUGGAAAUGUUUCAGAAAUCGAAGCAGUACUAUCACAAACUCGGCCGCGUAUGGAAGCGGAGCUAUCUCCUCUACGGUCCCUCCGGUACGGGGAAAUCCAGUUUCAUCGCGGCGGCGGCCAAUCUCCUCAACUACGAUGUCUACAACGUCAAUUUGUCACAAGUGGCCGAUGAAUCAGAUCUGAACGGCCUUCUGUUGCAAACGGCGCCUAAAUCUCUGAUCGUCGUCGAGGAUUUAGAUCGUUAUGUGUCGGACAGAUCGAGGUCGAGGAUUACGUCAUCCGGUCUGAUGAAUUUCAUGGAUGGGCUGUUGAAUUCGGAGGAUGAGAGAAUUAUGAUUUUCACGAUGAACGACAAAGAAGGAAUCGAUUCAGCACUCUUGCGUCCUGGGAGAAUCGAUAUGCACAUCCAUUUUCCGAUGUGCGAUUUCAAUUCCUUCAAAAAUCUGGCCAACAAUUAUCUGGGAGUGAAGGAGCACAAAUUGUUCACGCAAGUGGAAGGAAUAUUUCAGAGCGGCGCUACCAUGAGUCCGGCGGAGAUCAGCGAGUUGAUGCUGGUGAAUCGGAGCUCACCCAGCCGUGCGUUGAAGACGGUGAUAUCCGCUCUACAAUCGAACAGCCGGAACGGCGGAGGAGGAAAGGUGGCAGCGCGGGCGAGCGAUAGCACGGCAUCGUCUCCGGCGCCGGGGUCUGUAUCGGAGGAAGGGGGUGGCGGCGCGUGGAAGGAGGCAGUGCCGAAGGAGUUCCGAAAAUUGUAUGGACUGUUGAGGUUGAAGAGCUGCAGAACACCUGGAUCGUUGGAUCAACAUGAUUCAGAAAUGAUUCAACGGUGACAGAUGUUGUCUAAAAAGAAAAGUAAUUUCGUUUAAUAGGCUAAUAGAAUUUGUGUUUUAUUAUUAUUCGUUUCCUUUGUUUGAAAAAAAAAAAAAUGACAAGCAAUUAAUUAUAGGAAAAUUGGAUAUUGUAUAGUGAAAAUGGUACUUUUAGUUGCAUAAUAAUAAAAUUAGUAUAAUGAUGUGUUGAAAAAGAAAGAGAUAUGAAAUAGUAGUAGUAAACAACUACUAAUUAUAGGUGGGACAAGUAAGAUUAAAAAGGGAAAGAAGAGUAAUAGUCAUCAUUACAUAUGCAUGCAGUUGGGAUAUUUUUUAUUUUUUAUUU